AUGAUCCCAAAGGUGUCCUCCCGUUUGCCAAAGAGAGCAGAUACUGUUUUGGAAAAGAAUGAAAAGCGUGCCGAGACUAGUUCAAUAAUAACAUAUCAGAGGAAGAAAAAGGUAAUAAAUAUUAAAACCUAUCAAAGAAAGAAAAGAAAGUCAUCAUGCUCCUUACUUAAUAUUAUGGAGCCAGACAAAGUGAUACAAACUGUACAAAACAGUUCAAUGGGAGAGGCCUCUGUUAGUUGGUCAGGUAAUUCACUUUCAGCAGAGGAGAGCAAAGGGAAAAACAACAGAAAUAAUAGGGAAACCAAGGGUGAGUUGGAGCCAGUAACAGAAGGAUGUAAUAUUUUCAGCAAAGGGAAUCUAGAAGUAUCCGUGACUAAAUCCAAGAUGGAAGAAAUGCAUCCUUCUUGUGAUGUGAAUGUAAUGAAAGAUGAUGUUUCAGUUGGUUCCAUCAAUAAAGAAGCCUAUGUUUUGGAGAAGUUACCGUCUUUACCAGGAAGAUCACCCCAUUGUUCCAGGAGAAAACUACUUAUUCUUGAUCUUAAUGGCCUACUUGUUGAUAUUGUGCCUUUUAUCCCUAAUGGAUACACACCAGACAAGAAAAUUGCAUACAAAUCACUUUUUAAGAGGCCAUUUUAUGAUGAUUUCCUGAAGUUCUGCUUUGAGAGAUUUGAAGUGGGUGUCUGGUCAUCAAGAAACAAGAGAAAUGUGGACAGUGUAAUUGAUUUCCUUAUGGAAGAUAUGAAGCAUAAGUUGCUGUUUUGCUGGGACCAAUCACAUUGCACUGAAACAGGAUUCAAUACUAUUGAGAACAAGCAGAAGCCACUUGUACUCAAAGAACUGAAGAAGUUAUGGGAUAAGCAUGACCCUAAUCUUCCAUGGGAGAAGGGAGUUUACAAUGAAUCAAACACACUGUUGGUAGAUGAUUCUCCAUACAAGGCUCUAUGCAAUCCACCACACACUGCAAUUUUCCCAUAUCCGUUCACAUAUCUGGAUAGGAAGGAUAAUUCUUUAGGCCCAGGAGGUGAUCUUCGAGUUUAUCUGGAAGGAUUAGCCAUGGCUGAAGAAAUUAAAAAAUAUUUGGAAGAACAUCCAUUUGGUCAACGUGCUAUCACAAGCAAGAAUCCAUCAUGGGAUUUCUACCUUAGAGUUAUUGGGACAAAGAUAUCUGAUGUACAACUUGAAGACAAUGUCGAUAGCUCUUCUCUCACCUCUAGUCAAGAGCUCUGUAAACUUAGUUCCAAAUGUUGACCAUCCUCGAUGUACUGACCUGAAUCCAGUUCAAAAGAGUGUUGCCUCAAGUGUAAAGAUUGCCAGAUAUAGCUGCUGGUGCAGGGAUGUGGUUAGUCUUUUCCAAGCGUAUCUGUAAGGAUAGCAGGAAUCAGUCCAACACUGGGCCAAGCUCACCCUCGCGUUCACUCUUCUAUAUUAAAAUCUGCUUGUUAUGAUAACCUUUUUAGGAUUACACGGCUUACACGGCUACAAUCAGUCAGGUUUUCACCUCUAAGAGAAAAUCUAUAUAGUCUCUGACUCCCACAUCCUAACCACCUGCUAUUUGAGAUGGUUGGAAUUUGCGAAUCCAUAGUUAUUGUUGUUCUUAUUAUAAUUUAUCUGUAUUUUUACUGGUUCAUUAGUAGAAACAGCGAUUUUUGUGUGU